AUGCGCUUCACUCUCUCAACUCUGCUGGCCCUCGCGCCUGGCCUCAUGGCCGCCCCCCUCGAUGUGCGCAGUGACUCUGGUCUGGACGUGACUCUCAGCCAGGUGAGCAACACGCGCAUCAAGGCCGUGGUCAAGAACGUCGGCCAGGAGGAGGUCACCUUUGUACACCUCAACUUCUUCCGUGACAGCGCUCCGAUCCAGAAGGUGGCUGUCUUCCGCAACGCUACCGAGGUUCCAUUCCAGGGAAUCCGACAGCGCAUCAAGACCCAGGAUCUGUCCGAGGACGCGCUGACUACCCUGGCUCCCGGUGCCACCAUCGAGGAUGAGUUCAACAUCGCCUCCACCAGCGACUUGACCCAGGGGGGCAGCUUCACCUUGAGCUCGUCCGGUUUCGUGCCCACCACGAAGGACCGCACUAUCAAUGGAUACGUCCCCUUUACGUCCAACGAGAUCACCAUUGACGUCGAUGCCGCCGAGGCCGCCCUGGUGCCCCGGGCUGUGAAGCCGCUGGACCGUCGCACCGUUAUCACAGGGUGCUCAGGAUCUCACCUGUCAGCACUGCAGACAGCCCUGCGCAACUCCGUCUCGCUGGCCAACGCGGCCGCCUCAGCUGCCACGUCGGGUUCCGCGACACGCUUCCAGGAAUACUUCAAGACGACCUCGAGCCAGACACGCAGCGUCGUAGCGGCACGGUUGCGUGCCGUGGCCAACGAGGCGAGCUCGACCUCAUCCGGUCGCACCACGUACUACUGUGAGGAUCCGUACGGGUACUGCGGAUCGAACGUGCUGGCAUGGACGCUGCCUUCGUCCAACAUCAUCGCCAAUUGCGAUCUGUACUAUACCUAUCUGCCCGCGUUGACGAAUACUUGUCAUGCGCAGGACCAGGCCACCACCACGCUGCACGAGUUUACCCACGCCCCAGGAGUGUACAGUCCCGGCACUGAUGACCUUGGCUAUGGAUACGAGGCUGCCACGGCUCUGAGUGCAAGUGAGGCGCUGCUCAACGCGGAUACCUAUGCGUUGUUUGCCAAUGGGAUGAGGGAGGAUGAUGCUAAGGGCAUGUUGAAGUAG